AUGGCGUCACCUGAAUACAGUCAAACACAAGCUAUUGUCUGUCGUGCACCGUCAGACGGGAACAGAGAAUGGGCACUCGAGCAGGUGGCCAUAGCACCUCCUGCAGAUGACGAAGCCAUAGUUGAGCUAGUAGCAUCCGAAAUCAACUUUGGCGGCUGUACAGACGCUUUCAUGGGCUCACCAGAAGGGAUAUCCGGUGAGGCGAUCGGCGGGUCGUUCUUCGGACAGUCUAGCUUCUCGCGAUUGACCAGAGUCAAAGAAACAUCUUUGGUGAAAAUUACGCACCUCCUCGAUGACGACGAUGAUUUAAAGAUGUUUGCACCACUUGGCUGUGGUAUUCAGACUGGAGCGGGGACUAUCACCGAACUCGCUACCGCCCAGCCCUCGGACAAGAUCGCAGUGAUUGGACUUGGUGCAGUAGGGCAGGCGGCUAUUAUGGUGCGCUUUGGCGCAACCCAUGUUAUAAACACAUCAUUCUUGACGGGAGGUCUGGUGAAAGAGAUUAAGAACAUCACUGGAGGCGCUGGAACUUCAAUCACGGUAGACGCAACAGGGGUUGUGCCCCUGAUACAAGAGGGAGUUGAAUUCACUGCUAACCAGGGGAAAUUUAUUCUUCUGGGUGGCCCACCGAUGGAUGCAGGUCUGGAAAUAUCGCUCGUGCGAUACAUGUUUACCGGAAAGUCGAUUCUGGGAUCGAUGGAAGGCAGCGUGUACCCGGAGGAGUAUAUUCCCAACAUGAUCAGGUGGUACAAAGCAGGACGUUUUCCUGUGGAUAAGUUGGUCAAAUUCUACUCAGCCAAGGACUUUCCAAAAGCGCUAAAGGACAUGGAAGAAGGCGUUGCCAUAAAACCAGUUCUUGUUUGGUGA